AUGAAAAAAGAUUAUCAUUUCAACAAUAAUAUUUUAAGAGUUAUGAAUAAUGAUACUGUUGAAUUACAAUCAGAUAUAACUAAUAUCGUUUGUAAAUCAUUACAACUUGAUAAUAAGAAUCAUAAAUUAGGUUCAAUCAUAUUAAACGAAGCAUUAUUAUCAAAAUCUAUAGAUAAAUUUAAUGAAAAAUGUUUAGAAUAUGGAUUAAAAGAUAGUAAUAUAAUAACAGAUAUAUAUAAUAAAGUAAAGAGUAUUAAUAAAUCACAACAACAACAACAACAACAACAACAAGAUGAUAGUAAUGAUAAAAAGAGAGUUCAACCAUUAACAUUUAAUACAGUUAAACAUGUUGAUGAUGAUGAUCGAUUAUUACCAAUGUCUGUUGGUGGUCUUAUCAAGAAGAACAACAAUAAUAGUAGUUCUAUUGAUCAACAUAAAUUUGCAGUACCUCAAGUUAGAGAGUCUGUACUUGGUCUAGACAAGUUGGCAAAGGAAAAGAGAUUAGAGAGAGAAGCAAAAGAGAAAGAAGCAAGAGAAAUAGAGAGUCGUCUAAUUAAUGAUAAUGAUAAUACCAUUGACAACAAAGAUGAUGAUUCACACUCAUUUACACCUUCUCAUCCUGGAGGUGUAAAUCAAGAUGUAUUCGAUAGAAUAAAUAAUAAAAAUAGAAAUAAUAAUAGAGAUAGGGAUUAUGAUAGAGAUAGACGAGAUAAUAGAGAUAACAGAGAUUAUAAUAGGGAGAGUAGUAGAGAUGAUAGAAGAAGACACGACCAAACACCAUCGAGAAACAAUGAUAGUGAUAGAGACGAUAGAAGAAGAUACGAUCAGACACCUUCAAGAAACAAUGAUAAUGAUAGAGACUAUAGAAGAAGAUACGAUCAAACACCUUCAAGACAAGAUAGAGAUGAUAGAAGAAGAUAUGACGAAACACCUACAAGAGAUAGAGAUGACAGGAGAAGAUACGAUCAGACACCUUCAAGAAACAAUGAUAAUGAUAGGGACGAUAGAAGAAGAUACGAUCAGACACCUUCAAGAAACAAUGAUAAUGAUAGAGACGAUAGAAGAAGAUACGAUCAAACACCAUCAAGACAAGAUAGAGAUGAUAGAAGAAGAUUCGAUCAAACACCUUCAAGAUAUAAUAAUAGUAAUAAUAAUAAUAAUAGUGAUAAUAAUAAUAAUAAUGAUAGAAAAAGAUAUGAUCAAACACCUUCAAGAUAUAAUAAUAGUAAUAAUAAUUAUUAUGAUAGAAAAAAAUAUGAUCAAACACCAAUUAAAAAUAAUAAUAAUAAUAAUAAUGAUAGUAAUAAUCAAAAGAGAUAUGAAGAAAAUGAUGAAGAAUUUGAUAGAGAUUAUUAUGAUGCUGAUGAAGGUGAAGGUGCUAUUCAUGAUCAACAUGGUGAUGGUCCAUUCCUGGGUGAUGAAGAAAAGUUUAAAAAGAUGGAGGAAGAGAUGCAAAAGAAACAAAAGAGAAGACAAUCUACCAAGAAGAAUCAACAGAACGAAGACAACUCUAGAUGGGAAGCCAAUAGAAUGAUGCAAUCCGGUAUCAUGGUACAACAAGAGAUCAAUUUGGAUUUCGCAGAGGAGGAAGAAGAUCGUGUCAAUUUGAUAGUUACAAAUACGGUACCACCAUUCCUUGAAGGAACGGCUGCUGCCGCUGCAUCACAACAACGUGUCGUUCAAACGGUAAAGGAUGUCACUUCCGAUCUUGCUGUCAUCUCAAAGAAAGGAAGUUCACUGCUGCGCGAGUAUCGUGACAAGAAAGAUCGUAUCAAAGGUCAAAAAAAGGUAUGGGAACUUGGUGGUACAGUACUUGGAAAUAUCAUGGGUGUCAAAGCAGAGGAUGAAGAGUCUGGUGCCGCUGGUGAUAAGAGUAAUGUAAAGGAUGAAGUCGACGAAUCCACUGGGGAGGUUGUUAAUUUCAAGAGUAAUUCACAGUUUGCAUCUCAUUUGAAAGCUGCUGUUGCAACCAGUGAGUUUGGUAGAACGAAAACUAUCAAACAACAACGUGAAUACCUUCCGGUGUAUGGUUGUCGAAGUGACUUGAUGCGUGUCAUCGCUGAAAACAAUAUCGUUGUUAUCGUUGGUGAAACCGGUAGUGGAAAGACAACACAGCUCACUCAGUAUCUCUAUGAAGAUGGCUAUGCCAAGUUUGGAAAGAUCGGUUGUACUCAACCACGUCGUGUCGCUGCCGUCUCUGUUGCCAAGCGUGUUGCCGAAGAGAUGAACGUAAAGUUGGGUGAGGAAGUAGGUUAUUCCAUUCGUUUCGAAGAUUGUACCGCACCGGAUACAGCAAUCAAGUAUAUGACCGAUGGUGUAUUGCUCCGUGAGUCGCUGAACGAUCCCAAUCUCGACAAGUACACUGCAAUCAUUAUGGAUGAAGCACAUGAACGUUCACUAAAUACCGAUGUACUCUUUGGUAUCUUGAGAAAAGUCCUAGCGAGAAGACAUGACCUUAAAUUGAUUGUGACAUCUGCAACUAUGGAUUCCAAAAAGUUUUCAAUGUUCUUUGGUGAUGUACCGGUUUUCACUAUUCCAGGACGUACUUUUCCAGUGGAUGUUCUUUGGAGUAAAACACCGUGUGAAGACUAUGUCGAUGCCGCUGUCAAACAAGCUCUAUCCAUCCAUCUUACACAUCCAGAGGGUGAUAUUCUCAUCUUUAUGACUGGACAAGAAGAUAUCGAAGCAACAUGCGCCACCAUCGAAGAGAGAAUGAAACAACUCGGUAAAGAUACACCUCCACUCUUGUUAUUACCAAUCUACUCUCAGCUGGCAUCCGAUUUACAAGCCAAGAUUUUCGAUGCCGCUGAAGCUGGUACUAGAAAAUGUAUUGUUGCUACCAACAUUGCAGAGACUUCGCUAACAGUCGAAGGUAUCAAAUAUGUCAUCGAUACAGGAUAUGCUAAACUCAAGGUUUAUAAUCCACGUGUCGGUAUGGAUGCUCUCCAAGUUACACCCAUCAGUAAAGCCAAUGCCAAUCAGAGAUCUGGUCGUGCCGGUCGUACUGGUCCAGGUCGUGCCUAUCGUAUGUACACUGAACAUUCUUUCAAAAACGAUAUGCUCGACAACAAUAUCCCAGAGAUUCAACGUACCAAUCUCGGUAAUGUCGUUCUCAAUCUCAAAUCGAUCGGUGUCAAGAAUCUAUUGGAUUUCGAUUUUAUGGAUCCUCCUCCAGCCGACAACAUCCUAAACUCAAUGUUUCAACUUUGGGUACUUGGUGCUCUCGAGAACAGUGGUGAUAUCACUGCCAUCGGUAGGAAAAUGGUUGAAUUCCCACUGGAUCCGCCACUAUCCAAGAUGUUGCUGUUCUCUGUUCAACUGGGUUGUGCACAAGAAGUAAUCACCAUAGUAUCGAUGCUUUCCAUUCCAUCGGUGUUUUUCCGUCCCAAAGGAGCAGAGGAAGAGAGUGAUGCUUCAAGAGAGAAAUUCUUUGUACCAGAGAGUGAUCAUCUUACACUCUUACACGUCUAUCAACAGUGGAAAAUCAACAACUACAGUGCUCAGUGGUGUAAUGAACAUUUCAUUCAUGUCAAGGCAAUGCGAAAGGUUAGAGAGGUACGUGGUCAACUUCUCGAAAUUAUGGAACAACAAAAGUUACCGGUGGAAACUUGUGGCUCCGAUUGGGACGUGGUUCGUAAAGCUAUUUGUUCAUCUUAUUUCCAUCAUUCAGCAAAGAUCAAAGGUAUUGGUGAGUAUGUCAACAUGAGAACUGGUAUGCCAUGUUUCCUUCAUCCCACUUCAGCACUGUACGGUCUUGGAUAUGCACCAGAUUAUAUUGUCUAUCAUGAAUUGGUCAUGACAACCAAAGAGUACAUGCAAAUUGUCACUGCCGUAGAUCCUAAAUGGCUAGCAGAGUUGGGACCAAUGUUUUUCACAAUCAAAGAAUCAUUCAAACAGAAAACAGAGAGAAAAAAGAGAGAAAAAGAAUAUGGAAUCGAAGACGAAGAAGACACCAACGAUGCAAAACAAUUUGAACAACUCAUAGCAGCUCCAAAACCAUCAAAAUUCCAAAGACUUACAUUUGAUAACGAUAAAUCAACACCAAUUCAACAUCGAGAAAAUAUUUCAUCACCAGGAAGUGGAAAAAAAGAUAUAAAAAAAAUAUCAACUAAAAGAUUUGGACUUUAG